UACCGAUCUCGUUCACAGUUUAACAUGGUAUCAGAGCAGUGUCGAUCCCGUGGAUCGGUCACUAGCUCGACACCUUCAGCAGAAAAUUUCACAAAUACAAAAAUCAUGAACACAAUCCAAAUACCCCAGAUUUUCGAUUCUGAAUCACUCCUUGAAUACAUAUCAGAGAUGAUUGCUCAAUACAAAGAACUAAGUCGGUCUACUGGUUCUGUAAAAGGAAAACCGAAGAUUGAGUUUUAUGACAAGGACAAGAAGAAGGGAUCAGGAGGAAUGAUCACUCCCGCAAAGACUUACAAUCCUGCUGCUGAUUCAAUUCUUGAACUGGUGGAAUCACUCACCAAGGAUGAUAAAGAAGAAACGGAACUCGUAGUUGCUGAAGAGCAGAAGAAAAAGAAGAAGAAGAAGAAGAAGAAGAGGAGGAGUGAACCUGAAGAUGCCACACCAGACGUAGUUGAUGAGCCAGAAGUUGAAACGGAAUCAGCCACCGAAAGAAGAGCCGCCGCCGCCGCGAGAGAACCAGCGACUGCCUACGCCAGGAAGGAACUUACCACCGCUGUCACACGUCGCCAACCGCCGUCUUAUGCUGAAGUAGUAUCCAAUUCCGGCACCAAACCGUCACCACCUCCGGCCGACGACUGGUGGGGAGCAGAGAGAGAAAUAGGCAGGAAGAAGGAUGGACAACCACGGAAUCAGAAUGGAAAUCGUGGGGGAACGACCGGUCGUGCACCAGCGGUGAAUCUAGAGGGCCCAACCGACGCUUCCGCUGCCCGGGGAGCCAGUAAUUUCACCGGAAGGGAGGGAGCGACGCCGAACUCAGGAGGAUAUUCGGAAGAAGAGGAUACUUGGCACUAAGAAUUGUGGACUCUACUACGUGGACGAGAUAGCUCAAACUGGUAGUGCGAUGCUGGCUCACGGGUCCACGAAACAAGAGGUUUGGUUGUGGCACUGAAAACUAUGACAUCCUUCCCAUGGUUACUUUAAACUGCUUUUUUCCGAACUUGCCUGUUCCUACUGAUUUUUUCUGUGAAACUUGUGUGUUGGCUAAAAGCCACCGACAGUCGUUUAAACUCUUAAACACUCGUGUGCAAUCUAUUUUUUCUCUGGUACAUUCUGAUGUGUGGG